ACCGAUCAAUGUUAACAGAAUAUUCAGUAUAACUUUUCUUUUGAAGAGUUUUGGGUGUCUUCGUUAUUCAAGAUGUUAAUUAAAAGUGUUUUCAUUAUUUUACUCGUUGGAUUAUUUUGCCAAACCUCCUAUGCUAAGGACAAUUGCCCAACCCGUAAACCCGUUAUAUGUUACUGGGCUAGUUGGGCCGUUUAUCGUCCGGGUCAAGGAGCGCAUAAAAUCGAAAAUAUAGACCCGAGUUACUGCACGCACAUAAUUUACACUUUCGCCGGAAUUGAUAUGGAUGGAAAGCUCACAAGCUUGGACAAUCACAAUGAUAUAGUGAAUGGGGGUUAUAAGAAAAUCGUUGCUUUGAAAGAAUCGAACCCAUGUCUGAAAGUAAUGUUGGCUAUCGGUGGCUGGAACGAGGGAUCGGAGAAAUAUUCAUUGUUGGCCGAAACAGAGGAAAGUCGCAAGAAGUUCGCUGAAGAUGUUAGUCGUCUAAUGAUUAAUUACGGUUUUGAUGGUUUCGACGUAGACUGGGAAUAUCCUACUCAAAGAGGUGGAAUACCAGCCGAUAAAGAAAACUUCGUGGCCUUACUUCGUGCACUCAAGGAGCGUUUGAAACCAAGAAAUCGAAUUCUCAGCAUUGCAGUUUCUGCAUCUGUUGCUGUCUCGAAACAAGCCUACGAUAUCGAAGCCAUAUGUAGAGAAAUAGAUUUUGUGUCCUUGAUGGGAUACGACAUGCAAGCUACUAAUGCAACAAGCAUUCAUUCACCGCUAAAACUGGAAAGUUCUGAUCCAGACGACCGGGAAACUUUGGACCAAAUUGUUUACUAUUACAAAUCCCAAGGAUGCCCCACACAGAAAAUAAUUCUAGGCGUCCCCGCUUAUGGUCGGAGUUUUACUCUGCAGAAUCCUCAAAAUAAUCAUGUCGGGGCUGCAGUUUUGGGAGUUGGACGUGAAGGGACAUUUACUCGUGAAGCAGGAUUUUUGGGCUACAAUGAGAUUUGUGAUCUGAAACGGACCCGAUCAGAUUGGCGUAAUGAAUAUCUUGAACGGAAUGCAGCUGUUUAUGGGUCAAUUAACAAGCUCUGGGUCAGCUAUGAUGACCCGAAAACUAUAGUGGCAAAGGCUCAAUAUGUUUUAGAGGAAAAUCUUGGCGGAAUGAUGAUAUGGUCCAUAGAUACUGAUGAUUUUAAAGGAAGGUGCGGUCAAAGUGCAUAUCCUUUAUUGCAGGCUAUAAACAAAGGUUUGGGUAACCAGUUGCCGAGCAGUUUUAGCCACGUUGAUUUCUGAAAAUGUACUAUACCUAGAUCAACAUGUAAAUGUUAUUCCAUCCUAAAAGAAAAUAAUUGCUGAAGAAAAGUA